CAGCAGAUCUCUUCUCAUUUGUCAUUGUCCGCAGUCAUCAUUCUAAUCACUUGUACUUGAGCUUUGUGUGCUACAACAAAGGAUCCCCUGAUCUGAACCCAGAUGCCAGUAAGACAAGGCUCUCGGUCGCAGGAUGAAGUAGAAGCCCAAAACCACGCAACAGACAUGAUGCGUCCACGCUGGCUCGCCCAACUCCUUGCUGUCUUUCGACCUUUUUGGGCGAUACUAUGGUGGCUGCUGACGGCAUUGGUAUCCCUUUUCAAAGUACCCCGUAUUUAUUCAGGUUGCUGGGUUCAAAAAGCGGUAUCUUUAAGCCCAGAGCAUCCUCAUGACAAAUUCCAGCACAAUGAGUCAUCGAUCAACGGCUCUCAUACACCUGGUAGAGCAAGCGUGGACGAGGUAGCAUCUGUUCCAAAUGAGCAGCAGCUAGCCAAAGAACCUGCCAUGUACACAAAUCCAGGCGAGUCGAGUCUUUCGGACCAACAGCUGCCGAGUAGUGUUCCGUCUAGCGUGCUCAGUCCGAGUGAAACACCCAGUGGGCACGACACCGCCAGCACAACCCCUCUGUUGCCGAAUGGUCAGCCACAGUCCGGAGUUAUCACUGACGAGAAUGAGUCCGCACGGCUCGAAUUCACCAGAAACGGCUAUCUGAUAACCAGAAGUCAAGAGAAGAAAGGUGUGAGAAUCUCCAUGGAUACGCAGGCCGAGGUCAGCAUCAUACGAAGUGUCAUUUUUGACAAACUCGGCCUACCGCUGGAGCCUUGCAAGGAGUCCCUGAUGCCAUUCCGAAUAGCCGGGGACACAACCCGCAUUCCAGCGAUCGGAAAAGUUUGUGUGGACUGGCGCUUUGCGCAGGGUCUCAAAACUUACCAAACGGACUUUUAUGUGGUCGAAAAUGAUCAAUUUGACGUGUUGAUCGGCUUGCCCACGAUCUCGCGAUACAAGCUGCUGCAACCAAGUUCCGACAUCCCCACGGUUAUGGUGCGCGAUCAUAUUGAGCGAAAAACGAUAGUGGGAGAGCUUCGACCUGUGAGGCUAUGCCCCAAAUGAUUUCAGUCGACAGGCUGUGUUGAUUGUGUGCAGUCCUGAAUCCAUUUUUGUCCUGCGGGGUUGUGCGGCUGGUCAGCUUUCCUUUAUCAGGUGCACGGAGUGGUGGCGGCGGCGUGAAAACCACGUCAAGUGCAGAUAAAUGUAUUUUGCUUUUUUGCCUUAUCUCUACCAAUUAAUAUCCUUGUUCUCUUAUGCAAGAGAAUGGUCAUGUUGCUAGUAAUGAGACCUAGUUGUUCCACA